AUGCCAAGGGUCCUUCACGGCUUAGACCGUGAUGUCUACCAGAUUAUCAGAAAACUCGAAGAUGAUCAUGAGCGAAACAGCCCCUCAAAGCCACUCAAAUUCACCGUCUCGGGGGUAUACGAUUCUAUAAAACGCUCAAAUUCUAGUCUUGCGCGUCAGAAGAAACGGCCGCUAGAAGACUCUAUCGAGCGAGUCCUUCGCCUCCGGAAGGAAGAGAGGAAAGACGAAGAUGAGGAAGAAGGUUUAGAAGAGGCCUCUGCAGAAUCGCCAAAAACUAAGGAACGAGACUACUUCGUCAUGAACAAAACCAUCACCAAGUCUUGGAAUAUACCCAAAGCUCAGCCCACAGUACCAUCUGAAGUAACCACUCCAGGAGGUAAUGGCUCUGGGACUGAUAUAGCGCCUGUAGUCAUCAUGAAUGACAGACAACCCAACGGAGAGUCCCGGCCUAAGAAAAGGAAAACUGAGAAACCUAAAGAAGAUCGCAGUCCACCGAGCGGUGUUUCUUUACAAGAUCUCGGCGGCAUGGACGAUGCCAUUAAGGUCCUUGCUGAAUCAGUCACGUUCCCCGUGAGAUUCCCCGAAAUCUGUCUCGAAAACGACUUGGAAGCUACUCGCGGUGUUCUAUUACAUGGUCCUCCGGGUUGUGGAAAAACAAUGCUAGCAAACGCCUAUGCUGCGUCGCUCGGCGUAGCAUACAUACCCGUUUCCGCCCCCUCUCUCGUCGCUGGUAUGUCUGGGGAGUCCGAGAGAAAGAUCAGAGAGCUCUACGACGAGGCCAAAUCCCUCGCGCCCUGCUUAAUCUUCAUUGAUGAGAUUGAUGCCAUCAUGGGGAAGCGGGAAAACGCGCAGAGAGAGAUGGAAAAGAGGAUAGUGGCCCAGAUGCUAACCUGCAUGGACGACUUGUCACCUCACAAACUCGGUGGUAAGAUCGUCGUUACGCUGGCUGCGACGAAUCGACCAGACAGUAUUGAUCCCGCCCUUCGAAGAGCAGGCCGUUUCAAUCGAGAAAUAAGCCUUGGAAUACCAAACGAAGGUGCUCGCGAAGCUAUCCUACGAAAGAUGCUUCAGAACGGCCGAGUCUCCUCCGACUUGGAUUACAAACUCCUAGCAAAGAGAACGCCCGGUUUCGUCGGAGCCGAUCUGAAAGACGUCGUUUCCAUCGCCAAAAACGAAAUGGUCAGAGCGACCAUGACCCAACUAACACAGACCAGCCCCGCCGAGAUGGAUCUCGAUUCCGACGAACAAAUAUCUCCUGGGCUCCGGCUGCAUCUAGCCAUAAUGUCAGCACCGGACGAAGCCGUGUCGAGCGAAUCCCUCGUACUAACAAUGGAACACAUGCUAAGCGCCAUCGGCAAAGUCCAACCGUCCUCCAAGCGAGAAGGCUUCACCACGAUCCCCGACACGACCUGGGCCCACAUCGGCGCCCUCCACGACGUGCGCAAGCAACUCAUGCUCUCCAUCGUAAAGCCCAUCCAAGACCCCGAACGCUUCACCAGCAAGGGCCUCGAAGCCCCCUCGGGCGUGCUCCUCUGGGGCCCCCCCGGCUGCGGCAAGACGCUCCUCGCCAAGGCCGUCGCCAACGAGUCCAAGGUCAACUUCAUCUCCGUCAAGGGCCCCGAGCUCCUGAACAAAUACGUCGGCGAGUCGGAACGCUCCGUCCGGCAAGUCUUCAGCCGAGCGCGCGCCUCCGCCCCCUGCAUCCUCUUCUUCGACGAGCUCGACGCCCUCGUGCCCCGCCGCGACGGCAACGGCCCCGACGCCAGCGCCCGCGUCGUCAACCAGCUGCUCACCGAACUCGACGGCAUCGGCAGCCGCCUAGGCGUCUACGUCGUCGGCGCCACCAACCGCCCCGACAUGAUCGACCCUGCCAUCCUGCGCCCCGGCCGCCUCGGCACCAACAUCUUCGUCGACCUCCCCGACCCCGACGGCCGCGUCGACAUCCUGCGCACCCGCAUCAAGCGCCUCCUCCCUUCCUACACCGACUUCCCCGUCCUCGAGGCCGUCGCCCGCGAUCCCCGCUGCGACGGCUUCAGCGGCGCCGACCUCGACAACUUGCACGUCGCCGCCGGACAGGCCGCCGUCGAGCGCGCUGAUACCAAGGGCGGCCCGGACGUGCUUACCCCCGAGGACUGGGAGACGGCCCUGGAUAAGAUUAAGCCGAGCGUCUCGUAUGGCCACUCGACUAAGUUUAGGGCGUUGAAGGAGAUGGGGUGGGAGUAG